UCGCCCUCUUCUUUAAUUCCCUCACCUGCCAAACUCAACUCCCCCCCACUUUCUCCUUAAAUACACUAAACCUCCUUCUUCCUCAUGACCCUCUUCCUUUAGUUUCAUUUCUUUCUCUUUUCACUAUCUCAUUCUUUUCUUUUAUUCCCUCAAACAUGCAGUUCUUCAAACUCAUUAUAUUCCUGCUUCUCUUUCUCACUGCUGCUUCAUGUGUUAGCUCUGACUCAAACGACUUGCCCUUUGCGUGCUUAAAGGUUCCCACUUCCACAUUCGUCAGCUCUUUGCAGACCGCCAUUGCCGUUAUACACCACUCCACUCCUAUCAUUUCCCAGUUUGCUAAUUUGUUUGGAGAUUUUCGCCUUAAAAAUGCUGUAUCGGAUUGUCUUGAUUUGCUUGAUUUUUCCAUUGAUGAGUUGGAAUGGUCUGCCUCUGCUUCUCAAAAUCCUAAUGGCAAACAUAACAGUAGCGGUGAUCUAAGUUCAGAUUUGAGAACAUGGUUAAGUGCUGCACUCGCUAAUCAGGAGACAUGCAUUGAAGGAUUUGAAGGCACAAAUGGCAUCGUCAAAGGCGUGGUGGAAGGAGGCCUUGAACAAAUCUCUUCAUUGGUUCAGGAACUUCUAACAAUGGUGCAUCCUGUCUCUAGUUUAAAGUCCAAUGGGAGUAGCCAGAACGGAGGCAAAGGUAAAGGUGGCGGCGGCGGGGGCAAAGGUGGUGGUAAAUCAGGGCGGAAGUUCACAGAAAACAACCAAUUUCCCUACUGGUUUAAACGUGAGGACAGGAAAUUAUUGCUGGUAAAUGGGGUUCAAGCUGAUGCCAUAGUAGCAGCAGAUGGGACUGGAAAUUAUAGUAGCAUAAUGGAUGCAGUGUUGGCAGCGCCAGACUACGGUAUGAAAAAAUAUGUAAUUUAUAUUAAAAGUGGCUUAUAUAAAGAGUAUGUGGAGAUCAAGAAAAAGAAAUGGAACCUUAUGAUGGUUGGAGAUGGAAUUAACGCUACAAUUAUUUCUGGGAAUAGAAGUUUUAUUGAUGGCUGGACCACCUUCAGGAGUGCCACCUUCGCUGUAAGUGGAAGAGGAUUCAUAGCGCGUGACAUAACAUUUGAGAACACAGCAGGACCAGAGAAGCACCAAGCUGUUGCACUACGAUCAGACUCCGAUCUAUCUGUAUAUUUUCGCUGCGAAAUUAAAGGCUACCAAGACUCCCUCUACACGCACACAAUGCGGCAAUUCUUCCGCGAAUGCAAGAUCAGUGGCACAGUUGAUUUCAUUUUUGGGGACGGCACUGUGGUGUUCCAAAACUGCCAAAUCCUGGCGAAAAGAGGCCUGCCAAAUCAAAAGAACACCAUAACCGCACAAGGCCGCAAGGACCCCAAUCAACCAACAGGCUUCUCCAUCCAAUUCUGCAACAUCACAGCCGAUUCAGACCUCUUACCGUUCGUGAAUUCCACAGGAACGUACCUCGGCAGACCCUGGAAGCUGUAUUCAAGAACCAUAUUCAUGCAAAAUUACAUAAGCAAUAUUAUAAAGCCAGAAGGAUGGCUGGAGAUGAACAAUGAUUUUGCUUUGGAUACAUUGUAUUAUGCGGAGUAUAUGAAUUAUGGGCCGGGGGCUGGGCUGUCUAACAGAGUUAAGUGGCCUGGCUAUCAUGUUUUGAAUAGCACUAGUGAAGCCUAUAAUUUUACGGUGGCGCAAUUUCUUGAAGGAAACUUGUGGUUGCCAUCAACUGGUGUUAAAUACACAGCAGGUUUGGCCGUGUGAGAAGAAAUGUAACAUUUUCUUUAUAUAUAUUUUAACUAAAAAUAGUGUGAAGUAGUAGCUGGCCCUGGAAUUACUGUAAGUUCUAUUAAUUUACCCUCAUUUUUUUGUUGAAGAAAAUAUGAUUUGUUUAGCUGGUGAUAAGUAUCAAGUGUAUUUUUAUGCACAGAACCUAUUAAUUGAUCCUUUUAUUUUUUCGAGGUAGCGAAGAUUUGACUUUGUUGCUUCUUUCAAGUAGCAUACAAGAACUUUUAUUAUGUUAA